CCUCCUUCCUCCGUCUUCCUCACCCGCCCCUUUCUCUCUUUCUCCCUCGCUCCUUCAUCUCCAGUCUGCUUCUGUUGUCUCGGCAGCGCGUUGGUCUGGGGAGGAAGGAUCUCGCGAGAGUUGGAGUUUUGGUGAGAGUUUGUGGAAGAUGGCGCCUGUUGUGACAGGGAAGUUCGGGGAGCGCCCUCAGCCACAGCGCCUGACGAGAGAAGCCAUGCGGAAUUACCUGAAGGAGAGAGGGGAUCAAACAGUACUAAUUCUACACGCCAAGGUUGCACAGAAAUCUUACGGCAACGAAAAGAGGUUUUUCUGCCCCCCUCCCUGUGUAUACCUGAUGGGCAGCGGUUGGAAGAAAAAGAAGGAGCAGAUGGAGCGGGACGGCAGCUCGGAACAGGAGUCUCAGCCCUGCGCCUUCAUCGGCAUCGGGAACAGUGACCAGGAGAUGCAGCAGCUCAACCUGGAGGGAAAGAACUAUUGCACAGCCAAAACUUUGUACAUAUCGGACUCAGACAAGAGAAAACACUUCAUGCUGUCCGUCAAGAUGUUCUACGGCAACAGCGCCGACAUCGGCGUCUUCCUCAGCAAGAGGAUCAAGGUCAUCUCCAAACCUUCCAAAAAGAAACAGUCCCUGAAAAACGCAGACCGGUGCAUUGCAUCGGGGACGAAGGUGGCUCUUUUUAACCGACUUCGCUCUCAGACCGUCAGCACCCGCUACCUGCACGUGGAGGGGGGCAACUUCCACGCCAGCUCCCAGCAGUGGGGGGCCUUCUACAUCCACCUCCUGGACGACGAGGAGUCGGAGGGCGAGGAGUUCACCGUGCGCGACGGCUACAUCCACUACGGCCAGACCGUCAAGCUGGUGUGCUCCGUGACCGGGAUGGCCCUUCCGAGACUGAUAAUCCGCAAGGUGGACAAGCAGACGGCCCUGCUGGACGCGGACGACCCCGUGUCCCAGCUCCACAAGUGCGCCUUCUACCUGAAGGACACGGAGCGCAUGUACCUGUGCCUUUCCCAGGAGAGGAUAAUCCAAUUUCAGGCCACUCCAUGCCCAAAAGAACCAAACAAAGAGAUGAUUAACGACGGCGCCUCGUGGACGAUCAUCAGCACGGACAAGGCGGAGUACACCUUCUACGAGGGUAUGGGCCCGGUCCAGGCCCCCGUCACGCCUGUCCCCGUCGUCGAGAGCUUACAGCUGAACGGUGGAGGGGACGUGGCCAUGCUGGAACUAACUGGGCAGAACUUCACUCCAAAUCUCCGAGUUUGGUUCGGUGACGUUGAGGCUGAAACCAUGUACAGGUGUGCGGAGAGCAUGCUGUGCGUGGUCCCGGACAUCUCGGCCUUCCGCGAGGGCUGGCGGUGGGUGCGGCAGCCGGUGCAGGUGCCCGUGACGCUGGUGCGGAACGACGGGGUCAUCUACUCCACCACCCUGACGUUCACCUACACGCCGGAGCCGGGUCCCAGGCCGCACUGCUCGGCGGCCGGCGCCAUCCUGCGGACCGGCGGGUCCAACGCCGAGCCCGGCGGCUACGCGGGCGCCGCCGGCGCCGCCAACCCCGCCAGCGUCACGUCGUCCUCCGCCGCCGCGGCCGCCGUGGUGUCCUAACGGCCGGCGCAAAGACUGAACGGACUCAGCGGCCGCGGCCAGACACAAACGACAAACGGCGACAACAACCAGAGAGAGAGAGAGAGAGAGAGAGAGAAAGAGAGGUGACGGAGCGAGAAAAGAACUGGGAUCUGCCUUCGGCGCCCUCUUGUGGUUUCUCAAGGGACAUGCCUUGUCCGGGUCUUUCGCAGAAAUUUUUGGGCGGCUUGGGGGGGGGGGUGGGGUUUCAUUUGUCUGACCCCCGCCCCCCCCUCCCCCAGAGCGUUACCGUGGACAACAGGCUGGAGAAAGAGAGACCACAACAAUGAUACAUCAGCCAUGUAUAAAACUUUAUUCAAAGAAAAGUCUAUUUUUUCGCUUUUUAUUUUUUUCUUAUUUUUUUUUUCUUCUUGGUUCGUUUUUUUUUUCCUCUUUUUAUCGUUUUCUUUUUGAUUGUUUGUAUGUUUUCUGUAAAGGGGCGAGAUGUAUUACUGUGUGGGUGGAACUGAGGAGUUAGAUAAAUGCAUAUAAAACGUGAUAAUAACAUAGUUUUUAUGGACCAAGGAUAUUGUAUAAGCUUUAGUAAAGGUACAUUUUCUCCAUACCUUUUUUUGUAUUAAACAUAGUAAGUACACUUUUGUUACCAAAUAGUUUCUAUUUUUCCUCUGAGCUUGGGCUCUGAAGUAUGCCUUGGGUCUCCAUCCCGACCUGGCUUGUAUAUUAUAGCUACCUUACUCUUCCGACAAAAAAAAAAAAACCCUUCAUUUUUGUACGGAACUUUUUCAUUUUAAAGUAUCUUGUUUCAUUUUUUUUAAAAGCAAAUUUCGAUUAUGACUAAGUUUUUUUUUUUGUUUUGGUUUGUUUUUUUUUUAAGACCGAAGGUGUUUAAUUUCCAUUUGGGAGAAGCUCAGAGGGCCUUUUUUAUUGUUCAUUUAUAUGAAGUCUUUAAAAAGAAAAGCUUUAAGCAACACCUCUGCCUUGCCUGCAAUACCCGAUGUGCGCUAAGUUUCCUUUAAAAACAAAAAUAAUGUAUCGCGAAAAAAGGAGCCAUAGCGAUUUGUGACCAUUCUUCCAUUUUGAAGUGCUAGAGUUCUUAUACGAGUUAAACAAAACAAACAACAAAAAAAACAAACAAACAAAAAAAACAACGUUCAGUCAAAACAUUCUGGCAUUGUGUGAAAAACUGUAGAGGAGGUAUUAGUAGCUAUAAGGUAGCGGAGCUAGAGGAGAUAUAAGAUAGAGGAGAGUUUAUCAGUGUAUCACCCAAAUGCGAAACUGUCAGGUUCGUUCGGCAUAUCUAAUAUCUCGACGUUUUCGCAAAAUUGCUUUCAUCACUGUAAUUAUCUGGUUUUAGGCCAGCUCUCGAGUCUGAACUACGGCUGUCAAUAAGGUUGCAUCUUCUCCUGGUCAUUUUUGUCUUCCAGGUUUGCCGUCAUCACCGUAACCCCGCCCUUUCUUUAAAGAGAACGAAUCACUGAACGCUUUCAGAUUUAGACUGACAGUUCAGUGGGAUGUGGCCUUACUGCGACCUCUGUGUCAAGUGUGUUUUUUUUUUUUUUUCUAAAUGUUUGUUUUAUUUUUAUCGUUGCCUACAGCCAGUUUGCUCUUCACUGUUUUUGCCUUUUCGUUUUUUUUUUAACAGGUUACUUACACGUUUUUAAAAACUGUUGCAUUGUUACAUUGGUGUAUGAAGAUCUGCUGAAAUGUAUCGCUUGAAAAGCCGCCACGUGCGUUUUUCCCCUUCUUUCCCGCUACCCUUCCAUGGCGCCAAAUCUUGCCGUACAGGUUAAACCGGUAAAAUGUUUUGCAACCGCUGAGCACGCGUCCUUUGAAAAAAAUAAAAAAUAAAAAAAGACGUUCUGCCCUCUAAACCAAAAGAACAGGGGCCCUGACCCAGGAGACCAAACAAGCGCAGAGCACUGACUCCAGAGAGUGACGUUACCUUUUCUUUUUGCGAACGCGCGUACCACGUUAAGCCCUGUUACACGCGCGCACCGUGCGGGUGCGCUGGGUUACAGUCGUCUGGACCAAUAAGUGUGGCCGACACUAAAGUUCCUCCGUGUCACUGUUAAAGAAGGGAAUGUUCCAUUGGCCGCCCGCUGCCUAACUGUGAGGUCACUUCCUUACCCCAGAGAUGAAACGGAGCUGCAAAGCUGCACAAGCGAAUCCGGGAGGUUAUUUCAGUCUUUUCUGAAGAUGACGGCCUUCCUCUCCCACGUGUUAGCCUGCAUGAGUCAGUACCGUGGCUGCUAAGCCAUGUUUUUUUACUAGCUAAAAUCAACAAUUAUUUGCAAGUGAAGUAAACAUUAGCUAAUGCUGGAAAAAGCUUUUUUAUCACAUUAUCAGUUUUGGGGGAAAAAAAACUAAACGAAAUCUGUUCACCAGCACUUAUCUUACUCGUAUGUUGCAACACGUUUGCAGAUAAAAAAUGAUAACCUUUCGGAAAACGUAUUGGUGCUUUAUCACACGAUUUCAACCUGCUGUUACAAUGUUAGGAACUGUACGCCGCACUUAUUUGUCCUGACACCGUUGUGUGUUCUGAGGUCCGGGGUUGUUAAAAUGGGAUUCGUACACGGGCUGCGAGUGUGUGUCUCUUCACUGGCACCGGUGCAGGAAGUUAAAAUGGCUUCACCAGACCCAGUGAGGGGUAAAUCUGGUUCUGCCGGGUACCAGCGAAUGGUCACAUGACGCGCCAGUCAGUCAGUCUGGGUUUUAAUACUCAAGAUCCCAGAAGCACCUUCUUCAGCUGUGUGCGUCUCAUCCGUCAGAGUUGACCUUGCAGUUGAAAUGUUGCCGUUUGUUGUGAGCGAGGCUUUUUUUUCCGUCUGUUUUU